CGAGGGCCGUUUCUCAUAUUACCCUAAAAUUGUUUGCUACAAAAUUUUGAAGAUUUCAAACCGACACCUUCGCCGCCGUCGCAACGGUUCACCUAAAGGUGGCGCUGCUCGCAUUUUCCACUACGGACGGUUAUUUGCGGUUUUUGUAGCGUCUCUCUUAUCGUUCAUACUACGUAUUUUACACUAUCAACUAAAGGUAUUACGUGUUGCAGUUUAUCUUGUUUCAGGGAUUCAACAUGAUUGGCUCUUUACUCACCAGAGUAUUCGUGUUGAUAUUUGGUUAUGCCUAUCCUGCUUAUGAGUGCUUCAAAAGUGUAGAAAUGAAUAAGCCAGAUAUUCAACAACUUAGGUUUUGGUGCCAAUACUGGAUCAUAGUUGCAAUAAUGGCAGUUUCUGAAAAGAUUGGUGAUGCCUUUAUUUCCUGGAUUCCAAUGUACAGUGAAGCGAAGUUGGCAUUCUACAUAUAUUUGUGGUUUCCAAAAACUAAGGGAACAACAUAUGUAUAUGAUUCGUUCUUCAGACCAUUGGUUCUAAAGCACGAGAAUGAAAUUGACGAUAACCUGUUGAAGUUGAGGGUUAAAGCUGGAGAUAUUGCAGUUACAUAUUGGCAAAAGGCUGCCAGUUAUAGUCAGACCAGAAUGUUUGAAAUCCUGCAAUUUAUUGCUUCACAAUCAAUUUCAUUCGGAUCAUCUGCACCCACUCAGCCACAAAGGCAAGCCAGCACUAGUGCCCCACAAAUUCAGACACCAAUAGAAGUAACAACAAAGCCAGUGAAUGUGAAUGAAGAGAAGCCUCCUCCUGUUUCCAAUGAAACUCCAAUUGAGCAUGAAAAAGAUACAGCAGAGGGGCCCGUGACUAUACAAUCACAACCGGCUGCUCCACCUGCUUCUUCAAAUGCCAAAAAAGCAACCCUAAAGGAACUCAUCCUUACAGAGACAUCAGUGAAGGCUCCAAGCUCCAGUGAACCCCAAGUGGUAUCUGUAAAGACCACUGCAAUGGAAACACUCAUUGAAGAAGUUGAGAAAGGCACUCGUCGUGCUAGGUCCCGCAAAAACCGUACUGCUUUGGCCCAAUGAUCAUACCCAAGCUUUUAAAUCAACAUGCUAAAAAGAUGUACAUUUUUUGUUUUUAUAUGUAUACUUUUAGUAGACAGUUUUAUUCAAGAACUUAAUCAAGAAACUGAAC